AUAUAUGAGUCCUGAGACUAUAAAGAAUUAUUCUGAAAGUAGAAAAUUGUUUGCCUUCAUUAGAAAAGUACUGCUCAACUGGGUGUAUAAUACCAAAAAAGAAAAAGGAGUCCCAUCAAGAUAUCUCAUUCUUCGUGUAUGCCAUAAAAUAGUAUUUGCUGAUGAAUUUGAGUAUAUCGGAUACCUUGUGGUGGUAAUGAAUGUGUAUCCCAUAGUACUCUCUUGGAUAAGUCACUUGAAUAACAUCUACGACCUUGAAAUAAGACAUUCUAACUACUAUUUUCUUGCCUUUUAUAUUCUAGAGGCCCUACUCAAGAUGGCAGCAAUGAGGAAGGAAUAUUUUUCACAGGCCUGGAACCUGUUUGAGUUAGUAAUUACAUCAGUUGGCAUCACAGAUGUAAUACUUAUUGAGACGGAAGCCAUUAAUUAUGAUCUUGACUUAAUUGAAACAGUAGUCAUUAUGAAAAUUGUUCGAAUGCUUCGUAUACUACGCCUUUUGAAGCUCAUAACACCAAAGUUACUACAAAUAAUAGAUAAGAAGAUGAGUCAUCAGAUGUCCUUUCAUUAUGCUAUAAUAAAAGGAUAUGUCCAAGGAGAAGCAGAUGUACUGAAUAUAAUUGAUCAGAUUGCAAGUUCUAAUCAGGUUAAACAGAUCUUACUCAAGAGGGUAACAAGGAAUAUGGAAAAUGCUAUGAGAGAGCUGGGCUACUUAGAAUAUGAUCACCCAGAAAUUGCUGUCACUAUGAAAACCAAGGAAGAAAUUAAUGUCAUGCUCAAUAUGGCUAAAGAAAUUGUCAAGACUUUCAGGUCAAAAGGAAUUAUUCAUAAGGCUGAAGGUGCUGAAAUUAAUAAGUUGAUCAUGGCCAAAAAAAGAGAGGUGCUUGAUUUUCAAUCUAUUAUUAAGCCUCCUUCUGUUGAAGAAAUUCUGUAUCAUAUUUCAUGGCUUAAUAAAGAUGAUGACUGUAUACAAUUUAUUCAGGAAAGAGCCAGAAUUAUAACAUAUGAUUGUGGAAAUGAUAUAUUUGAAGAAGGUGAUGAGCCCAAAGGAAUCUAUAUAAUCAUUUCGGGCAUGGUAAAGCUUAAAAGAGCAAAGCCAGGUAUUGAUGCAGACCAAGCACCUGUGGAACCCGAGGAGAAAGGUUACCCUCUACUUUUCACAGACUACGUGCUUAGUGGUGAAAUAAUAGGAGAGUUAAAUUGCUUAAUUAAUGAACCAAUGAAAUAUUCUGCCACCUGCAAGACUGUAGUGGAGACAUAUUUUAUUCCCAAAAGUCACUUAUAUGAAGGCUUUAAAACGUCCUUUCCUCUCAUGCAAAAUAAAAUGUGGCGAAAAAUUGGACUUGGUAUUACUGCCCAAAAAAUUAGGGAAGAUUUAUCUUAUGAGGACUGGAACUACAAGUUGCAACUAAAGCUCAGUAAUGUUUAUAUUAAAAAUAUACCGAGGACCACCAGAACUGUUAUUUAUGAUGAAAAUGUAACCCAUGUUGUCCUCAUCCAUGGAGCUGUAGAAGAUUGUCAGUUUCGAAAAGUUUAUAAGGCACCUUUCUUAAUUCCUGUGACAUGCCACCAG